CCGGGCGCGAUCCAACGAUUGAUGUCACGAAAGAAAAGCAAUCAUUCUUCCAUGCGAGAGAUACAAUCCGAACCCCAAAGAAAGAAUCUUCCUUGUACUCGGCCUUAAAAAAUUAGUACAAAAAGAUAAUAAUCCCUGACUCCGUCUUCUCCACCGAUGGAAGACAAAGUAGAGGCCGGCUGGUCGGAGACAUGGUGGAAACCACGGCGUCGUCCGGCUUCGAGAGUCUCGAGGAUGGAAGGAGGAAGAUGAUGGAUAGUUGGGAUCAUAACCCCUCCCCCCCCUCUUCCCUUUAGAGGAAGAUAGCAAUGUGCGGACCCAACAACUGGGGCUGGGCUUUCAAUUUUCAGGUUGCAUUUAUACCUUACAUUACCGCUGGUGAUCCUGAUCUAGCGACAACAGCAAGAGCACUGAAACUGCUUGACCAUUGGGGUGCGGAUAUAAUUGAGUUGGGCUUGCCCUACAGCGAUCCUUUUGCAGAUGGUCCUGUAAUUCAGGUUUCUAGUAAACGGGCCUUAGCAAGCGGGACUAACCCUCGUGCUGUCUUUUCCAUGUUAAAGGAGGUGGUCCCUCAAUUAUCUUGUCCGAUUGCAAUAUUUUCAUAUUACAAUCCAAUAUCCAUGCAUAAAAUGGACUGGUUCAUGUCUGCCUUAAAAGAUUGUGGCGUACAAGGUCUUAUUGUACCAGACCUUCCUCUCGAAGAGAGUGCAAGUUUGAGAAAAGAGGCCACUAGGAAGAAUGUUGAUUUAGUUCAGCUUACUACGCCGACUACUGAAAAACAUAGAAUGAAAGCAAUUGCUGAAGCUUCAGAAGGAUUUGUGUACCUUGUGAGCUCUGUUGGAGUUACUGGUGCACGUCCUUCUGUGAAUCCGCAAGUACAAUUGCUCUUAGAGGAAAUUAAAGAGGUGACCGCAAAACCUGUCGCAGUUGGCUUUGGCAUAUCAAAACCAGAACAUGUUAGACAGCUUUCAUUAUGGGGAGCUGAUGGCGUGAUCGUGGGUAGCGCCAUUGUUAAGCUAUUAGGAGAAGCCAAUUCUACUGAAGAAGGAUUGAAGCGUGUUGAGUCCUUUAUGUCAUCCUUAAGAGAAGCACUCCCCUAAGUCAGCUAUCAUCUGUAUGAGGACUGAUAAAAAGUCACCAAUAUUUCUGAGCAUUGGACUGAUAAAAAAUUAUUGAGAGGAAGGCUGUUAGAAGGCUACUUGUAGUUGUAUCCGUGUAAGUUUCAUUGCAUCUACUAAUUUCCUAAUUAUUCAGUGUGAAGCAGGGGUUGCUUAUAUGUAAUCGUAGUCAGCCCCAAGGAAUCUGUACUACAGUCUGUUCUGAUACCAUUUGUAACAAUUCAGGAUCUGACCCAAAAAAGCUAGUCGUAAGGUAUUAUUUGGGGUUUUUGAUU